UACACAGAUGAGCCCUGUUCCAGAUGCGUCUUUUAGGAUAGAACAUUUUCAUGAAACGUAUGCCCAUGGAGCAAAUGAACCUUGUAUCUGUGGCAACACUGUGGUCUGAAAACACCAGUGCGUCUCUGCCAUCCGGUUCAUCAGAGUCUCCGAUCUCUGAAGAAUGGGAGAUGAUCCACGCAAUCAUCCCUCCGUACAUCUUCACCUUAACCCUGCUAGGCCUCGUUUUUAACAGCUUUGUCCUGGUGGUGUUCCUCACCCACAGGGAUCGACUGACUGUAGCUGAGAUUUACCUGAGCAACCUGGUCCUGGCUGACUUUAUUCUCCUGUGUGGCCUCCCCUUCUGGGCGAUGAACAUCCUCAAUCACUUUAACUGGCCCUACGGAGAUGCCUUAUGCAAAAUGGUCAACUCUGUCAUCAUUAUCAAUUUUUACACCAGCAUCUACACUCUGGUCAUGAUUAGUGUUGACCGCUACCUGGUACUUGUGAAGACCAUGAAGGCCAGGUUGCUGAGACGGACACUUUAUGCCAGGGUGAUCUGCUUCAUCCUGUGGAUGUUAGGCCUUAUACUGAGCACGCCCACAAUGGUUCACAGAAAGGUGAAGUUCAUCGAGGAGUUCAAGACCAUGUCCUGUAUAUUGGAUUACAAUCAUAACAGCGCUUGGAAGUUGGCCCAUCAGAUUCUGAUGAACAUAGUGGGCUUUGUACUCCCUGUUCUGGUCAUUGUUUUCAGCAGUGUGAACAUAAUCAAGGCUUUAGCUCAGAGGAGGGAGAGUGUAGGUUUCCAUGACAAUAAUGACACAAAGGCCACAGUACUUGUGUAUGCCGUCACACUAUUAUUCUUACUGUGUUGGGGUCCGUUUCAGGUGUUCACUUUCCUUGACACACUGUGUGAUGUCCAAGUGUUGAAUGAGAUGCUGUGGUCCCACAUUCUCGACAUGGGGGGGCAGGUUUCAGUGUAUCUUGCCUUUCUCAACAGUGUCCUGAACCCACUGCUGUAUGUCUUCUCAGGGCAGUACUUUAGGAGGAAAGUUAGCGCCAUCUAUAGGAGGACCAGACAUUAUCGCAGAGGAUCAGAUGUGACCACAAAUCAAUGCUCGGUUGCAUCCACUUACAUUAACAAAACACAGCAAAUUAAGAUUGUGGUAAUUCUUAAUGCAAAGGAUCUGAUGUGACUCUUCAUAACAUCCUGUCCCCCACUUCUGUUACUGCUUAUGGAAAAAGAGAUGUAAUAUACAGGAUAUGAGUCUCAAAUUUUUAUUUCAUGAGACUUAACACAAUAAUAAUGCUGUUAUAUGGUUGAACAGCACUAUCAGAUGAUGUGUAAUAAUGCGCUUUGCAGAAAUAAUUGACCUGUGGAGAUAAUGGACAUAAUCUGUAGAAGAAAUGGAAGCAGAUUUUAUGGCCCACAAAAGACAAUAAUUGUCUUGAUCUGCAGAUACGCACUAGGCAUCUGAAUCUGUCUCUUUGAACUGUAACAUAGCUUUACUGUUACUGGACUUGAUGUGAUGUUUUAAAACCAUCCAUUUCUGAAAUGCUAACUAGUUCAUUGUUUCUCUUAACUCUUUAAAGAAGUUUAUACUCUGCAAGCUAUCAUGAGAAAAUGACCACCUAUGUCCAUGUAUUUACAUUUACAUUCAGU